AUGCGGCAGGAACUGGAAACCCAGGUCCAGAAACAGCUGGAGUUGGGCGUGAUCAGGCCGUCGAAGAGCGAGUGGGCGGCGGCCCCCCACCUCGUCAAGAAGAAGACCGCCGAGUGGCGGUGCGUGCUGGACUACCGGAAGCUGAACGAGUCAAUGAUUUCCGACUCUUACCCGCUGCCGAGGAUGUGGGACCACCUCAGGAGGGCGGCGGGGCGCAAGUACUACGUGACCCUCGACAUGAAUUCGGGCUUCUGGAACGUGCCUAUCGAGGAGGGGUGCAAGCACCUCACGGCGUUCAUAACUCCGAUAGGCCUGUUCGAAUUCAAC